GUCUUGCAUCAUUCAGAACAGAAAUACCACACUUUAUUUUCUGAAUCAGUAAGGUAUCUUACCUGAGGUAAUAUGGCGCCCCCACUCGAAAUCUACGUCGACGGCAAGGGCUCCAGCUUCCGGACCGCCGAGCGCGCCUACCUCCGCCUGAGCGUCUCCACCACCAGCACAGAUCAGUCCCAGGCCUUCCACGAAGUCCAGAGCGCCGUGGCCAAGAUCACCAGCGCCUUCCGGGUGCUGGCCACCAAGACCGAGGACGGGCUCCCGCACGCGGACGCGGCCGUGACGGCCUUCACCGUGACUCCGCUCAGCACCACGUCGCGCUACCAGGUCGACCUCAACUAUCGCCCGCUCGUGGACCAACCCAAGGAGCACACGGUCAGCGCCUCGGCUGAGGUUGUCUUCCGCGACAUGGCGCGGCUGGCCGACGUGUCCAACGAGCUGGCGACGACGGCGCACGUGUCGGUGACGGACACGGAGUGGAAGCUGACGGACGGCACGCGGGCCGAGCUCGAGCGCGAGGCGAGGCUCAAGGCCAUCCGGGACGCGGUCGCCAAGGCGCACGACUACGCCGGCGUGGUUGGGCGCCGGGUCGCCGCCGUCGAGAUCCGCGACAAGCCGCAGGAGACGCAGCUGACGCAGUUUGGUCGGCGGAUAAUGGGCUGGCCGCUUGCGCAGCAUCAGCAGCAGAUGCAGAUGCAGAUGAUGCAACAGCAGCAGCAGGCGGCGAGGAAUUCGCAGAGACUCGGGGCCAUGUCGACCAGUGCUUCCUCGGGUGAUGGUAUCGCCUCGGAGGGGCCUUCGUUGGAGCCCAAGACCAUCACUGUCGCGGCGAGCGUCAGCGCAAAGUUUAUGUCGACGGAUGGGGAUGAGGAUAAUGGCUUGGAGGUUGGCCGCUUGGGUGAGAACCUUGCAAAACGGCCCAGAGUGUAAAGCCAAUCUUCUUAAUAUUCCUCUACCUUUCCUUAAGGACGUCACUGGAUUGUUCUAUCAGGACACCCGAGUUGGACACCUUGACUUUGAAUCUGGGAUUCAAUGCAUCUAACCAACUCAAUGUGCGGCCGGAAUUUGCUAAACAACCGUGAAGUUAUGGUUGAGAACGAAACGGAGAUGGAGAUUACAGUUGGCCGGGAAGUGUACCAUGGCCAGUAUCAUUGACAAGAUAAGACCUUGUCAACCAUAUGUAAACCGGGAAAAGAUCAUGAUUCUCGAGUUCGAGAAUGUCAUCAAUUCCCAUCCACGUGUAUUCACACGCUCAAUCUAUCCUUGGGCCCCCGGUACGGAAAAAGGAAAACAAAUUCAAAGGUCCGCCCUUCCCGCUGGGGUAUGUAUGUGUAUCAUGCCAUCCUGAACCCAUUCCCCAUUCCCGU